GUCUCGCGCGGUGUCGAAGUCGGAGGCAUCACCGUUCGCUCUUCUGAAACUCUAGAUGUUAAGUACCUGCUGGUAAGCUCUGCCACUUAGCUUUUGUGGCUCUGCUCUGCUCUGCGCUCUCUCUCUCUUUCUCUCUCUCUUACUCUUUCUCUUGGACAAUUUAUUCCAUACAAUCUUGUGCUCCCAGAGCCCGCCGCUGUAUGCGGUUGUCUUAACAUACAGGCACAAAGGAACUCAGACAUGCAUUACAUUCGUUUCCUCAAGACGCCGCAGAUCUAUGUCGAUCGCGCAACAGUUUUGCUCAAAGCUGUCGUUACCAUCACCACCGACCUUGGCGAGACAUUCUACCCACACGAUCUGGAUCUGGUGGUAUCACUUCGAGGCCAGGAAGACGAUGGAGACAUAUACUUGCGGAAAAAAGUGCCAUGGCCAGCGGGGGCACGUUCAUUGAACAUCUCACUGGACUUGUCUCGUCAAGAUGUGGAAUGGCCCGCAUGCGUACGAGUAGCGGUCAGGAAGACCAAGGUCACGGAUUUCAUGCCGCCAUUCGUUGAGGUAUGGAGCGGUGCAUUGAAUCCAACCAAAGGACAGUUCGAUUCGGGCAGGCGGGUGGAGCGCCGGUUCAAAUCCAACACUGGACGAGUUCUCUCACUACUGGAAGACGCUGGCGACAGCAUUGCUCGGCAUCUGUGGGAUGGGAGUCAGGCUCUUGCACAGCACGUCGACAACAUCAUCUCGCUCGAUAACCCGACUACUCUCCCCCUCCUCGAGUACGUUCUGAUAUCCGCAACAUAUCGGAGAACGCAUAUCAUUGAACUCGGCUGUGGAUGUGGUACUGUCGGCAUCAGUAUCGCACAAUCCAUCACCGACUGCGAUGUACUUCUCACCGAUCUCGACGAAGCAAAAGAUUUAGUAGAGGCGAACCUGGAGAGGAUGAAUCCGGCAAUAUCCUCCACCGCUCGGUUCCAAUCCCUUGAUUGGCUUGAGCCUCUGCCCUCGGACAUUGAGAACCGCAAAAAUGACUUGAUCAUUGUCUCGGAAUGUACAUACAACACAGAUACGCUGGAACCACUGGUAGGGAUGCUCGUGACGCUCGUGACACGGUCUCCCAAAGCGGUCAUUGCCGUCUGUACCAAGACGCGGCACGACAGUGAAGCAGUCUUCUUCGAUCUAAUGAGGAACGUGGGCUUGAUCGAGGAAGGUCAGAUGCGGUUACGACUCUCCGGCGAGCCCGGGCAGGGAUAUUCCGACUCGGCGGAGGAUGUGGGAUUGCAUAUAUUUCGCGGAAAGGACCACAGACUAUCGCUCAGUCCUCGAAAUGCCAGCGAGGAGAAGGUGCCCACGACCAGAACAGGCUCCAGAGGCUCUCGGAAUGAUCGGAGUAAAUCGAGGUAGAGAAAAUUUGCUUUGGGAUUCAUGUGAGGGAAACGGCGUUUUAUGAGGUUAAGGGUGAUGGCAUAGCGUGGAGUUCAUUAUACGGGAGGCACACGGCCAUAUAACAUCACCCACGCCGGUGUUGAUUCAGGACACGAACGAGAACGAGAACAGACGAAGUCAUGGAAUGUGU